AUGCUCAUCAAUACCAUAGCAUUCUACGCCCUCGUCCUGACAAGUAUUGCGCUCGCCAGUCCUGGUUCUCAUCAUAGAAUGAAAGAUUUUACUUUGCCGCCUCCUCAAGUGCGCUCUGGCCUGCAAUACAUCUGUAGAGCUGGUGACUACAACAACGGCACUAUCUACGGAACGGUAAGCCAGGAUCGUGCUAUUGGCUACAUCCGCAAGGCCAAGACCAACAAAGGCCAGAGUGGCUACCCCAAGAAGCUUAGCAACAAGGGAAACGUCAGGAAGUUCCAAAGGAUGCUCUAG